UUGGUCAGAGCGGGGCACAGCCCCAACCAAUGAGGUGCGAGCUAAGCUUCCCCUUGAAUGAAGUGUGUGUAAUUUGUGAGUUGUUGUGUGUAAGUGAAACUGAUCAAAGCGCCACAGCCGGCGAUCUCUUGGCUCGGGAGGAGAACUUGCCAUAUUGGAGGGCGAAAGAGAGGACGAGGAAGGCGACCAACUAAACACCCGCUGAGCCAGAGAGCGAGAGGCUGGUGGAGUACCUCAAAAAACAGAACGCCUUCACUUUGGGGAUCAAGUGGCUUUUCCUAUCGCCCUCUUCUCCAUCCCGAAUGCAGAAUGCCAUAGCUUGAAACACGCCGCCGCAUGCCAGGAGAAAGUGGUAGCGGUGGUGGGCGGGGGAAAAAAAGCCCAAACGGACAUAAAAUAAAUAAGAUCUUUCGACAAUGAAGAGUAACCGGAAUCGAGUUUUUUUGCCUUGGCUGGUUUUCCUUCUGUGGAGCCUACAGUCUGCAGCUUCUCAAGCAGUCUGUGCAGGCACCCUAAAUGGGCUCAGUGUGACAGGAGAUGUCCAGCAACAGUACCAGAUGCUACACAAAAUGUACAACAACUGUGAGAUCGUCAUGGGCAACCUCGAGAUUGUGCUCAUUGAACAAAAUAAGGACCUCUCCUUCUUGCAGACUAUCCGAGAAGUGACUGGCUAUGUUUUGAUUGCCAUGAAUGUCUUCACGUACCUGCCACUGCAGAACCUGCGCAUAAUACGAGGGACCCAGUACUAUGAAGACAAGUAUGCCCUUUUCAUCCUCCUCAACUAUGAACAAAAUGUCACACAUUCCCUACACCAGGUGGGCUUCAACCAACUCACAGAAAUCCUCUCUGGGGGUGUCUACAUUGGGAGGAACAAACAGCUGUGUCAUGUGGAUACUAUCAAUUGGGAAGACAUCAUCUGGAAAUCUGAGUUCCAGGCGGUGCUCCAGGACAAUGGGGAGAAGUGUUCUCCAUGCCAUGAGAACUGCAAUGGUCACUGCUGGGGUCCUGGUCCUGAGGACUGUCAAAAAUUGACCAGGACCAUCUGUGCCCCCCAGUGCAAUGAACGCUGCUUUGGCCCCAACCCCAAUGAAUGCUGCCAUGAUGAAUGUGCAGGCGGCUGCACUGGCCCUCUCAAGACAGAGUGUUUUGCCUGCCGGUCCAUCAAUGAUAGUGGUGCCUGUGAAACACACUGCCCCCAACCGUUGAUCUACAACAAGCUCACCUUCCAGCUGGAGCCCAAUCCUGAUACCAAAUACCGGUAUGGUGGCAUCUGUGUCAAAAACUGCCCACAUAAUUUUGUGGUUGAUCAGAGCUUAUGCGUCCGAACCUGCCCUAGUAACAAAAUGGAAGUAGAAAAAGGUGGCCUGAAGAUGUGCGAGUCUUGUGUGGGACUCUGCCCAAAAGCUUGUGAUGGGACUGGAAUUGGAAGUAAAUACCAGACAGUGGAUUCCAGCAAUAUUGACCGCUUUAUCAACUGCACCAAAAUCUUGGGCAACCUGGAUUUUCUUAUCACUGGUCUAGAAGGGGACCCGUGGCGCAAUAUACCUGCCCUGGACCCAGAAAAACUCAACAUCUUCCGGACAGUGCGAGAGAUCACAGGUUACCUGAAUAUACAGUCAUGGCCCAAACACAUGCACAACUUUAGCGUUUUCUCCAACCUGGUCACCAUUGGUGGACGCAGCUUAUAUAACCGUGGCUUUUCAUUGCUGAUCAUGAAGAACAUGAAUGUGACUUCUCUGGACUUUCGCUCACUUCGAGAGAUCAGUGCCGGCAAGGUCUACAUCACUGAGAACCGGCAACUUUGCUAUUACAACACUAUCAAUUGGGAACGUCUCUCGCGCCGACGUUCAGACCUGGACAUCAAGAGUAACAAACCUGCCAGGAAAUGCAUCCAAGAGGGGAAUGUCUGUGAUCCUCUUUGCUCCAGUGAUGGCUGUUGGGGGCCAGGUCCGGACCAGUGUGUCUCCUGCCGUAACUACAGCCGUGAAGGAACCUGUGUUGGCUCCUGCAGUUUCUUUGAAGGGGAGGUCCGGGAAUUUGUACAAGGCGGCGAGUGCUUUUCAUGCCAUCCACACUGCCAGAGGAUCGAGGGAGGUCUAACCUGCAAUGGAUCGGGUGCUGAUGCCUGUGUGAAUUGUGCUAACUACAAGGAUGGACCACACUGUGUAGAGAGCUGCCCCAAGGGUAUCUUAGGGGAAAAGGGACUCAUCUUCAAGUUUCCCGAUGCCAAGAAGGAGUGCUGGCCAUGCCAUGAGAACUGCACGCAGGGGUGUGAUGGUCCACACAUUGAAGAUUGCUUCAUGGAGAAACUGCCUGUUGCCAGGAAAGCUCCAACAGUGAUUGCUGUGAUGAUCGUGGGUUGUCUCUUUGUCUUCUGUUCCUGUGUCUUGCUCACCUUCUUGUACUGCCGUGGCAAGCAGAUUCAGAAGAAGCGAGCCAUGCGCAGAUACCUGGAAAGAGGGGAGAGUUUGGAGCCCCUGGAUCCCAGCGAGAAAGCCAAUAAAGUCCUUGCCCGAAUUUUCAAGGAGACAGAACUAAAGAAGUUGAAAGUUCUAGGAUCUGGAGUGUUUGGAACAGUGCACAAAGGUGUCUGGAUUCCAGAAGGAGACUCCCUCAAGAUUCCUGUGAGCAUCAAAGUUAUCCAAGACUCAAGUGGCCGGCAGACCUUCCAUACUGUCACUGAUCACAUGAUGGCAAUAGGUAGUCUGGACCAUGCUUAUAUUGUUCGGCUCCUGGGCAUCUGUACUGGCACCCAACUGCAACUGGUGACCCAGCUCUUACCCUUGGGCUCACUGCUAGAGUAUGUCCGCAAAAACAAGGAUGCCAUUGGCCCUCAGCUGAUGCUUAACUGGUGUGUGCAGAUUGCCAAGGGCAUGUACUACCUAGAGGAGCACCGCAUGGUCCAUCGCAACCUUGCUGCCCGCAAUGUUUUGGUAAAAUCCCCUAGCCAGGUACAGGUGGCAGAUUUUGGCAUUGCUGACUUGCUCUAUCCAGAUGACAAGAAAUACUUCUACAAUGAGGUCAAGACACCAAUAAAAUGGAUGGCUUUGGAGAGCAUACAUUUUGGAAAAUAUACACAUCAAAGUGAUGUGUGGAGCUAUGGGGUGACAUUGUGGGAGAUGAUGACCUUUGGGAGUGAACCUUAUGCCGGAAUCCAUCUUUCAGAAGUACCUGACCUUCUGGAGAAAGGGGAGCGCCUCUCACAGCCCCAGAUUUGCACCAUUGAUGUCUACAUGGUGAUGGUAAAAUGCUGGAUGAUUGACGAGAACAUUCGCCCCACCUUCAAAGAGCUAGCCAAUGAGUUCACACGUAUGGCUCGUGACCCCCCUCGCUACCUGGUGAUUAAGAGAGAGAGUGGGACACUUCCCCAGGUUGAACCACCCACACUCAGUGAAAAGGAGCUGGAUGAAAUGGAGACGCUGGAGAUGGAGACAGAGUUGGAGGAGGAAGAACUUCAUAACCUUUUUGCCUCCAGGCAGUGGAUUGACUCCACACAGAACCCAAAUCUUCUGAAUCCCUCUGCUGGAUACAUCCCCAUGAAUCAGAGCAGCCUCAGCGGAAGUCACCAGAGCACUGGACUGGGCUCCCGGCAGACCUCACGCAUAAGGCAAGAGUCAAUGGGCCGCACGGUGUCAGAGUCAUCAGAAGGACGGGGCACAGCUUCUGAGUACGAUCUCACUGAGGACCUGUCAUUGUCGGGAAGUCUGUGCCGCAGCCUACGGUCCCGGGGAGACAGUGCCUACCUAUCUCAGCGAGAGAGCCUGAUGCUCCCAAUUGGAAGUGCUGACGGAGAGGAAGAUGCCAAUGGCUAUGUCAUGCCAGAUCGAAAUGGCAGAGAGCGUGCUGCUGGGAUUGCUGCUUCCCUGGUACGUGGCUCACUCCCUGUGUAUGAAGUGGAUGAAGAGUAUGAGUACAUGAACCGACGUCCUCCGCAGCCCCCGCAGCCCCGGCCAGCCUCUCUGGAGGAGCUUGGCUACGAAUACAUGGAUCUGGGCUCUGAGCUGAGUGCAUCUUUAGGCAGUGUGCCAAGCUCCCAGCUAACCACGCCCUGUCGGGACGACGAUGAGGAUGAUGAGGACUAUGAGUACAUGAACAAACAGCCCAAGCUCAGCAAAUCCCUGAGUAGCAUCCGUAGCUCUCGAGGGGACUAUACCGAUAUGGACUCUGGCAUCACUCAGGGCUCCCCAGAGGAGCAGGGCUACGAAGAAAUGGAUGCUGUCUUGCCCCCAGUCCAGUGUCCUGGCUGCCAGAGUCCACCAUGUCCCAAGAAUGGAUUCAUGAAACCCUUGCGCACACUGGAGGCCUCAGACUGUGCUUUUGAUAAUCCAGAUUACUGGCACAGCCGGCUGUUCAGCAAGGCCGAUGUUCAGAGGACUUAGCUGGGGUCUAGCGGUUUCAUUUGUCCUCUUCUUGGGAGAAAAACCCAAGCCUUGCUCUUCAGCUGCAAACACCAUUGUUGCGAUGGUGGGCUGAAACUUCCACAAGGCUCCUCAGCUUCUGUGAUGUUGACUAUAAUGGGCAAGUAUAUCAAGGCUAACCAGUGAUGGGCUUCUAUCGGGUUGCAUCACAGCUCCCCUGCCUUGCACCGUGGUUUGAUCAAUUACAACUCAGAUCUCUUUAGUUCAAAUGCUCUGGACUUAUGAGGGCAAACAGAACCAUUUCGAGAGGCACAGUCUAUACUGUGGGAUCUGUUCCUGUGCAGAGAGAGGCCUGGUUUUGCGAUAAGAGGGCUAUUUAAGUGUAGGAGAGUGGCUGACUGCUUCCAUGGACUCAAAGGCCUGUGCACUCAGAUGGAUGAUGCAGUCUCUUCAGGAAGCAGCUCUGUUCUAGAAAGCCAGUUAAGAGUCUUCUGUGCUGACCCACCAAAGUAUCAAACCCCAUCUGAUCCCACUGCACAGGGCCCUCAGCAACAGCCUUCGAGUGCCUUUGUCGUGACAACCCUCUGUCCAUUAAUGGCAGGGGGGCCCUUGAGCAUGAGCAAAGCAUGCUGAGCCUCGUAGGAGGCCGUAAGACUGAAGGGAAGGUCUUCUCAAGAAAGGCCAAGUCCUUGCUUGUUAUGUCCCAUCCCAACAAUAUAUGCAAGAGAGGACGAGUUUACUAGGGUGUUUAUGAAGGAUAAAGGUGCUGCUUCUGAGAGCUUGACAACCUCAUUUAGGGAAACAAUGUACCCAAGUGUGGGCCUGAAAUAAAGACUUGUAGGUUGCGAUCCUACCUCUCAGAAAGACAUUUUGUUUAGAAAAUGUGCGUUAGAACCCAGAACUCCUGGGUUUUGAGUUUUCAUUGUGCCAUUAGCAACCAUUGUGCUUUAUCAGUUCCCAUACUGGAUGGAGACACUUGAGGAGGAAGGAGUAGAAAGGAACAAAGCCUGAACAUACUGGAGAUCUGGACUUCCAUCUCUAGCAUUUAGAUGUUCAUUACUACAGGCAGCUUAAAUCCUCUCCAGCCCUGGAAGAUCCAGCAGUUAAUCUCAAGCAUCUCAGAACAAAGAGCAGGAAAGAGAGAAUGUGUGAAGGCUGUGUUGGAGUAAUUAUUUCCAGGGUAACUAUUUCCGUCCUCCUGGGCAGAAACAGAUGGAGAAGCAAGGAGCCCUUCUGAAAGGCAGCAUACUUCGUAUUCCCUUCUCAAUUAAAGGGAAUAUGGGAUGGUUCUCAGGAUGGGUGCCACAUAGAGAGCCAAACAAAAGAGGGCAGGGCCUCUGCACCUUCAGCAGUUGUGUAGAAGAGGGAACUUCUACAUGCAACCCCUGUAAUCUACUGCUGAAUUUCUCUCUUCUACACAACUGCUUGAAGGUGCAGGGGCCCUGCCCUCUUCUCUGUCUGGCCACCCUAUGGGCCAAGUAAAGAGGACAGCAGUAACUCACAAUGUAAUCCUAUAUAUGCCUACUCAGAAGUAAGCCCCACUGAGUCCAAUGGGACUUACUCCCAAGUAAGUGAGUGUAGGAUUACAGUUUUCAAUAGGUGAGCAAUAGCAUGGGGAUGUGCAUUAUUGCUGAAGCUCAUGAGUGCUGUGUGAAAGGCUGCAAAGUUGCACUAUGCACCUUAAUGGUGUUAUUCCUGAUUCCUCUGAAUCAGGCUCACUUACAUUACAAGAUGAUUUGGGAACAAACUUCUCCCUUCCGUCACCCCGCCCUACCCUGAAGGCCAGUCGUAUUGUGCAUAACCUUGACUUUGUUCCCACCAGUUUUGGAUUGCAUCAUAUAAAGGGAUAUUUACAAAAAGGGGAAAAUCAAACCUGAUCAAGGAAAGAGGGUUGUGAGGGAAGCUCUGCAACUGAUCUCAGUAUCUUUUUUUUUUUAGUUCCUGUAAGGUUUUUAAAUGGGAGUUUCAACAGCAGGCUCCUCCCUUAAGUAAUUGGCCUGCAUUCUGGAUUGGCUUAUAAUUUGCCUUGCAGAGCACUAUUAAGGCACAAAAAUUAUCCAGAUUGUUCUGAAGUCCCCUGUUUGGUUUCCAGGCUUUCCUUUGAAUUGCAAAUAUGUGACUGAACUUUACAUUUUUAAAAAUUUAAUGCAUCUUUUGUACUAUUUAUGUAAUCAGUGUGCUGAUGAAUUGCUUAGCAAAAAGCAUGUUUUGUAUGGAACAUACAUAAGUGCCUUUCUGUGUUUCCUUCAUCCUCUUUGGUUCAAACAAACGAGUAGGAUUUUGUGAUAGAUGAGAGCAAGCUAUAGUCUCUGCUUUCAUCAAACCAUUAUUACAUAUACGGAGACUUUCCUUAAAUAGGACUAGAAGCUUGCUCUGUGUUUGAACCGAACACCAAGACUGACUGACUGGAUUUUGAGGGAGCUAUCUGAUUUUGAUUUGCAAGUUCUUAAGACUCUGUGCUUAUGAGGUACUCUUAUCCACUGAAUGUUGUUUCUCUCCUGCUCACUGUGGGAAACACCAAGAGCUAAUCAAACAAAUUAAGUCCUGCCUGGAUCAGAAUUCUAUAGGGUGUGGUGAUAUUGACAAGCAGCCAAAUUUACCUGGGUCCUGCCAACAGCCCUGGCACCUGGACUGAGUGGAAUUCCAACCAGAGAGGUCCUGGUUAAUAAAAGAGAAUAAUAAAAGAGAAGGGUGCAACAGAAUGCUAUUAGAUUGCCCCCUACAGGGGAAAAAAACCUGUUAAAAUCUCCUGCAGUUUAAUUUGGCUGUCACAAAUUCACUGAAAUCAAGGGAGAAGAGACAAAAUGGUUCUCUUUCACUUUAAAUGAGGCCAUUCUCUCUCCAUCCUAUUGGCAUAUUAAAGGAUAAAUAAGGUUAAAGAGCUGCAGCAUUUUUAUUAUAGUAAUAAGUAAAUUGCAGGUAGGCUAAACUCUCUCUCUCUCUCUCCUCUCUCUCUCUCUGUGUCCAAACAUGUGCGGACUGACCUGGCAGUAAGCUUCAUUGAACAUAGUGGGAAUUACUUCUGAGCCGAUUGUGCUGUCAGGUUCUAAAGUCAGUCACACCGGAAUUGUGUGAUACAGUGGAAAAGUUCUUGGUUUAAUUCUAGAGCCAAGAAACUUUAUGCAAUGCAGUUUGAAACUAGAAACCUGCUACUCAGAAUAUUUUGUUGUGCUGGGGUUUACUGUUUAGUUUUGAUUGGACAACCCAUCCCACCUUCCUUCAACCCCCGCCCCCCAGCAAUUUAUUAAGGGACAGCACCAUAGAAUAAAACUGAAGCUGGAUUGGCUAAAGUUCUGUAAAAGAGCUUGACUGUUAAUAGUAAAAAUGAAACCAGUUCUGGAUAAAAUUUCAGCCAGGUCAGUAUCUAUUUGGAUUUAGAUACCUGAAAAUACGAAAAGACAAGGAUCAGUGUUGUCUUGAUGCUUACGUCAUCACUGUAUUUGCGAAAGGUGGGUAUAAAAUGCUACUGUGAAAACUAUGGGCACAUGCCAGAGAACGUUAGGUGUGCUAAAACCCAGCAGUUUGACAACCCUAAUACUGAGUCUCAAAACAUUGCAAUCCAUAAUCAUUUGCUCCAGAAUUGUCCUGGUUAGGGCUGCUAAGUGGCCAGAAAAAAAUGGCCUGAUUGGCUCCUGUGCAUUUUAAUUGAGUUCUGAUAUACAAGAACUAGCAGGUGAAGCUUUCCAAGGCAUGUACAUAAACAUCAUCACCAGCUCAUCACUGUGAGGUCCCUUGUAUCUGUAAGAGUUGUGUGGAAGGGACAAAUUCAUCCAGCUACAGCUUCUGCUUUCAUUACAGCUCACUGCUAGGAUUAAUAACGUUUGUUGAACUUCUCUGUUCAAUGCAACUCUCACAGCCCCAUCCUAUGCAUGUUUGUUUGAAAUAAUAGGCUUUAUUUAAGAAUAAAGUGUGCAUAAGACUGCACCUUUAGAAGCACAAGUGUCUCACAGGAGCUGGAGCUGGGCACCCUUAGUCUAAUAGCAGGUACACAAUGAUCUAAUGAGAACAAAAGGAACCCAUUUCCCUUUCCAGCUCCAAAUUUUGAUUGUGGAGGAAGAGAGAACUCUGACAGUUUGGUUUUAAUGGGUUCAGCCACAGGGAAAAAGGUUUGGGCUAGAGUCUAACUGGGAAGAGGUGAAAAAAAUCAGAGCUAAAACAAAACAAACUCUCUUGGUAGGGUUAUGAGAUGGAGGUGUUCCAGUCGCUGUGUUUACCCCAAUUUCUGUUGCUCUUUUCAUCAGUGAGACAUCUGUGGUAUGAAUGGUUUGAGGAUAGCAGCCAAACUAAGGAACAUCAACAUUGGGACAAUUAAAGUAACAAAUGCCAAUUGUUACAUACAAUAAUGAACAAGAAACAAAAAGCACAGAAGCAACCUCAUUGGAUUGGCUUAGUUCUAGUGUUUUUUUUGUUUGUGUCUUUAUAUUUGUAGGGUAAAUUGUCACAUUUUAUUUUUUGUCCCCAAAUCUGGAUGUGUAUAUUGUCUGUCAAAAAUGUCAUGUUGGAUUGUUGUGUUUUUUUGCCAUGCUUUGACACUGGUGAAAUGAAGGUUUUUAUCAAUCUUAAAAAAAAAAAAAAAAGCUGAACUGGAAGGAAUCCAAAUGUUUACACACUUCGAAUUGCCUUGUCCAGUGCCCCUGCUACCAUUUAACAAGGGAUAAUAGUGGUGUUUAAAAAACAAACAAAACGAGACAUCAGUAUUGCCAUGGGCUAGGGCAACUGAAAGCUCUUGUUCCAAGAUACAGGGAAGUUGGAAGGAUGGUGAUGGGCCUUGAUCACAGUUAUAAGGAGAUGGCUCAGAUGGGUUCUGUGUCCAAAUCAAAUAAAGGUUUGCUAAGAAAACUGAAUCUAGCAAGCAACAAAUGCUCAUGGAAAGGGCAUAAGGUUUCCACCUUUUUUUCUGGCCCGGUUCCUCUCUCUUGCAGCCUCAGACACUGAAACUGAGUAGACAAAACCUUUUCUGUCAUGUAGAUGUACAGGGCAACCCCAUACACACAUUUACUCAGAAAUAAGCCUCAUUUGAGUUCAAUAGCACUUACAUGCAGACAUGUAAAGAUGGGACUGUCGCCAAGGUGAUAUAAAAGAUUUAUGUGCUUAAUUUGUGCACAUCAGGCUGCUGUCAAAGGCACAGGAGCAGGGCCAUUCCCCACCCCCCCGGCACCCCUAAGUGUUUAUUAGGGAGAAAAUUCUAUGAUAAAACACUCUGGCAUAAAUUGUACUGAUGGGCAUGCCUCUACUGCUGAAGUGGUAUGCAGUCUUGUAAAUCAUGCAAAAUCCUUCCUCAGGCCAAUUUUUUUUCAUUUUAAAAUAGCUGCUAGUCUGCUAAUAUGGAGAGGAAACGUGGCUCCAUAACCAAUGAUUUUUGUUAUUUCAAGUGUUACCUAUUCAGAUGCAGUGCUUUGAGUAACCCCUUUUGGUAAAGUUCAGUGAGGUUGCCUGUCAGGACAGAAGGCAAAUUUUUACUUUAAUGCAUAUUAUCCUGGGACAUAAGGAAAGAAAAUCUGGCACUCUCAGUUCACACUGAAGUUCUUUCUGAAGGUCCAUAGCAUACUUAUAUUAGUUUUAUUUCCUCAGAGAGUCUUGGGAAUUGUGGAUUUGGUGCGAUUAUAAUUGCCAAUUAGACAUUUCUAGUACCUCCCCCCCAAAAAACCCCUACAAUUCUCAAUGUAGGGAAUUGUUCAAGGGAAAUGAGGAAUUAUGGUUAAAGCAGUUUAAAUUUGUGCAUAGGCUGUUCAAUUUCUACUGAAUGCAGAAGUCAGUCUGUCUGAGGGCAUUUUCUUCACACAUCUGUGGCCACAAGGUUUUUUUUUAGGAGUACAGUUCAGACCUUUUCCUUGAAGGGCAAGUGCUGAAUAUGAACUAUCUUCUAAGCUAGGAUGACCCAUUUCUUACUGACAGAGGCUGUUCUUACUGCUGAAGGCCUCAGAAAAGGUUUGUGUGUAUUUGAAUACAAAAUAAAAAGUGACAUUGUAAGUGCAA